AUGAGCACUGACACCCACACUUCUGUUACGUCUAGACCUUUUCUGCUGAGGCUGUAACUUCUGUCUGUGGCUCCUUUGUUCAAACUGCACUCGUGCUGGAAGAGAUUGAACAGUGAAGUGAGAGUGAAGGAUGUUCAGGUUUUACAUGCUCCUGGUUCCUCUCUAUAGAGCCUAUGGUACGCUCCUCUACGCUAACCUUGGAGAUAAUGUGACUUUGCAUUGCUCCUUUGCCUCCAGGGCCAAAUAUCUCUCCUGGUACAAGCAAGUCAUAGGAGAGCCACCUCGAGUCAUAUCCUCUUUCUACAAACAUUUACUCGACUCCAACAGGUUCCACCCCGGGUUUAAAAACAAUCAACGAAUUUCAGUUGAUAGUGGAGAAGAUUUCUAUCGUCUGAACAUUUUUAAUGUUCAGGAUUCUGACUCGGCCAUGUACUACUGUGGACAGACCAGCAUCUCAGUCACUAAUUUUGACAAUGGAACGUUUUUGGUCCUGAGAGAGCCCAGUCACAGGACUUUCCUAAAGCAGCCAGAAUCAAACUCUGUGCAGCAAGGAGACUCGGUGACACUGAACUGCACGCUGCUCAAAGGAUCCAGUGCCGAAGAAGUCAACGUUUACUGGUUCAAAAAGGAUACAGUAGACUCUCACUUGGGAAUCAUGUACAUCCACACAAAUAGCAGCAGCCAGUGUGCAAAGAGGUCUGAGUCCAGGUGCUCUGCACAGAGAUGUGUUUACAGCUUCACAAAGAAGAACGUGAGCCGGUCUGAUGUCGGGACGUACUACUGUGCUGUGGCUUCAUGCGGAGAGGUGCUUGUUGGGAAAGGCACGAGACUGGAUGUCGUGGUGAAACAGGACGAAGCUGUCCCUGUCUUGGUUAAGACUGUGGUUGCAGCUCUGGUUGUCUCAGUUAUUUUCAAUGUAAUCUUCUGUGGCACCCUCUGCAAAAUAGUCCAGAGAAAAAAGUGUCCCUCUAAAGGGUCACUUCAACAGCCUAACACUCCAGAAUACACUGCGAACUGUGAGAAUGAAGGCUGUGCUGUUGUGCAGUAUGCAACUGUGAAUUUCAAGAAAAAGAAUGAGACAAGUAGGAGACAAAGAAAGGACACAGUCAACGACCCAAUCUACUCUGCAGUUAGAACGUCUUACGAGGAAUGAUUUUGUUCAGUCAAGUCAAAAUUAUGGCCACUGUCUCUCCUACAUCUGUGAUGUUGGUUAAUAUUAACUUCUCAAAGUAGGUUGUGCGAUUAGAUUUGGACGUUUAUUAAAACAAAAAGAGGAUUAGGCUCCAAGUGGAAUAAAUUUCAGGAUGUACUGAUGGAUGGAGGGUUGGGUGGGUGGAUUGCAAAAAUGUUUCCAUUGUAAUGCACCUGAAUGAGUUAUUUGAUCAACAGUGCAACAGUGCAGACAUUAGGGGCAGGACUGUUUGUGGCUGAGUGACCUAAAUUCACUUUUUCAUAACAAAGUGGAAAAAGAAAACUCCAAAACAAAACCGCCCAGUAUCACCACACAAUGCAUCUGCUGCCCAAAGUGGUGAACGGGUAGCCGACUCACAGUGUCCCUGGCCUAUUUUAAAGUGGAAAAAAGUUAUUACAGGAAACACAUUUUGAUGUACACUCUUUCAUGUCUUUGAAACAAAACUACUUUCAAACAAAACUCAGCAUAUACAUUAAAAUUUAUGAGCCUACAUUUGCUGACCCAACUAAAUUUCACUUCUUAAACUUUUCCUGUGGGUUUGAGUUGUUUGUGAGCAUUUAAGCUGUGCAUUCAAUUUUUACCAGAGGUAGGACAAGUAAAAAAAAAAGUUUGAAAUAACUCAAAACAUGUUUUAUAUUUUAGAUUCUUUAAAAUAGGCACCCCUUGGUUUGAUUACUGCUUUGCACACUCUUGGCAUUCUCUCGAUGAGGUUCAUCAGGUCGUCACCUGAAAUGUUUUUCCAACAGUCUUGAAGGAGUUCCCAGAGUUGCUGAGCACUUAUUGGCUAUUUUGAAUUCAUUCUGCAGUUAAUUUCAUCCCAAACUGUUGGGAUGUUUCAACCCUCCUGUUUUGGCUUCCCUUCAUUGGCUUCCUGUUAAAUCCAGAAUUGAUUUCAAAAUCCUGCUCCUCACAUACAAGGUCUUA